AUGGCUGAAAAAUUAUCACACCCAUCAAUCAAGAAUGGUUGGUUUGCGGAAAUUUCAGAAACCAUGUGGCCAGGUCAAGCUAUGUCACUUGAAGUUGAAGAAAUCUUGCACGUUGAGAAAUCCAAAUACCAAGAUGUCCUAGUUUUCAAAUCAAAGACUUAUGGUAAUGUUUUGGUAUUGGACAACUGUAUUCAAGUCACCGAACGUGAUGAAUUCUCCUACCAAGAAAUGAUCACUCAUUUAGCAUUGAACUCAUGCCCCAAUCCAAAGAAAGCUUUAGUAAUUGGUGGUGGUGAUGGCGGUGUUUUGAGAGAGAUUUUAAAACACAAAUGUAUUGAAGAAGCAUGGCUUUGUGACAUCGACGAGACUGUUAUUGAGGUGUCAAAGAAAUAUUUACCGGAAAUGGCAGCUUCUUAUAAAGACCCAAGAACAAAAGUUCAUAUUGGCGAUGGGUUCAAGUUCUUAGAGGAGUACAAAAACCAAUUUGAUGUUAUCAUCACCGACUCAUCAGACCCCGAGGGCCCAGCCGAAUCAUUAUUUCAAAAACCAUAUUUUGAGUUAUUGAAAAAUGCCUUGACUGAAAAGGGAGUUAUUACUACACAGGCAGAAAACAUGUGGAUCCACUUGGACAUUAUCUCAAAAUUGAAGAAAGAUUGCUCUGAUAUUUUCCCUGUUGUUGAAUAUGCUUAUACCAUGAUUCCUACUUAUCCAUCUGGAUCAAUUGGAUUCAUGGUUUGUUCAAAAGACCCAAAUGCAAACGUUAAGAAACCUAUUAGAUUUGAAUGGGAUGACGAGUUUGUUGCUAAAAACUUGAAAUAUUAUAAUAGACAAAUCCAUGAAGCUUCAUUUGUUUUACCAACUUGGGUCGAUCAAAAAUUAAACAAGAACCUUUAA